AUGAAAAACAAGGUAUUAUUAAUUAUAUAAUUUUAGAACCAUUAGGAAAUUGAUAAUCUAGGUUAGAUCUCAGCAGAUCAAGUUGAAAACAAAAUAUAUUCGAUUAUUUAAUGGGUAGUUAGAUCAUAUUUGAAGGAGCGAAUACAAAAAUAAAAUAAUAAUUUAUAUUAUAUAUGA